AAGAUCUAUUCAAAUGGAAGGGCUGAUUUGGGGAUCAUCAAAAAUUGUCCCAGUUGGGUAUGGAGUCAAGGUUUUGCGGAUCAUAGCCUCCACACCCAUAAAUGAGCAAUAUGACCUUGCCGAUACACUUUGCGUUGACCAUAUAACUUCUUUUGGGAGUUCCUGUGUUUAUUUUAGUGUCUUGCAAUCUCUAGUUCUUAUAAAUCCGAAAGAUGAUGAGGCCGACAUAAAGAAGCUAGAGGAAACUGUAAGAUCCAUUAAGUUGGAUGGGUUGUUUUGGGGAGCAUCAAAGCUUGUCCCCAUUGAUUAUGGAAUCAAGUUGUUGGGAAUUGAGUGCACCAUGCUUGGACUCCUUGGGAUGGAACUUUGCACCAUUAUCAAAGAGAAAAUAAUGGAUAGUACGUAUGUCCAGAGCUGUCAAACUCUCAUGUUAAACAGAAUAUUUAAUUGGGUUUGUUUCAUCGGAUUAUCUGAUUGUACAGCUGCUGGCAAGUCAGGGUUAGUGUUUUCAGAAUUGUAUAGUGGCAACUCCGACGUAAAGAAGUUAGAGGAAUCUAUAAGAUCCCUUCAGACAGAAGGAGUGGUUUGGGGAGCAUCAAAGAUUGUAAAAGUUGGCUACGGAAUCAAGUUUUUAAGGAUGGUAUUCACCAUUGUUGACGACCGUUUGUGUUUCAACACUGUGAUCCGAAACACUGGCGGUAUCCCCUUGAACAGAAUAUGUAAGCAAUCCAAAAUCCUAGAAGCUGAAAGAUGA